GGCAUCAAAGGUCGACGGCGGCGAAGAACCUGGAAUUCGGAAAGAGAUUCGUUCAUUUUUCUGAAUUUUUUCGUUGAUAAAUACCACCAUGCCUCGCAUUCAGAUAAAAGGGGGUGUGUGGAGAAACACAGAGGAUGAGAUUCUGAAGGCAGCUGUGAUGAAAUAUGGCAAAAACCAGUGGUCCCGAAUUGCUUCACUUCUUCACCGGAAGUCUGCCAAACAGUGCAAAGCAAGAUGGUUUGAAUGGUUGGAUCCAAGUAUCAAGAAGACAGAAUGGAGCCGUGAGGAAGAUGAGAAAUUGUUACAUCUGGCCAAGCUGAUGCCUACACAGUGGAGAACAAUAGCACCUAUUGUUGGACGGACAGCAGCCCAGUGUCUGGAGCGAUAUGAAAUCCUCCUAGACCAAGCCCAGAAGAAGGAAAUGGAUGGAGAUGAUGUAAACGAUCCACGGAAACUGAAGCCUGGAGAGAUUGAUCCUAAUCCAGAGACCAAACCAGCGCGGCCGGACCCUAUCGACAUGGAUGAAGAUGAGCUUGAGAUGUUGUCGGAGGCCCGUGCGCGUUUGGCCAACACCCAGGGUAAGAAGGCCAAACGCAAAGCCCGAGAGAAACAGCUGGAAGAAGCACGUCGCUUGGCUGCCCUACAAAAGAGACGAGAACUGCGGGCAGCCGGCAUCGAGACGCGCAAGAAACGCAACAAGAAGCGUCGCAUUGACUACAAUGCCGACAUCCCCUUUGAGAAGAAGCCAGCACCAGGAUUCUACGACACCUCGGAGGAGAAUGUGUCGGCGUUGGACCCUAACUUCAAGCGGUUGAGACGCCAAGAUAUGGAUGAAGCAAGAAGGGAUGAGAUAGAAGAGAAAGAACGCAGGAAGGACAAACAACGUCUGAAAAAGAAGAAAGAAAACGACCUGCCAUUAGCCAUCUCAGCCACAAAUAAAUUGGCAGAGCCCCAGAAAAAGCGAAGCAAACUUGUCUUACCAUCGCCACAGAUAUCUGAUGCAGAGCUUGAGGAGGUUGUAAAGCUGGGGCAAGCUAGUGAGAGUGCCCGGCAGAUUGCUGAAGAAGGAGGCAUGGCUAAUGGAGCAUCUCAAGCCUUGCUGGCUGAAUACAACGUCACCCCUGGACCAGGUAGCCUUCGCACACCAAGGACACCUGCACAGUUUGAUACAGUACUUCAGGAAGCCCAGAACAUCCUAGCUUUGCAAAAUGUAGACACACCCCUGAAGGGAGGCAUGAACACGCCCAUUGCCCAGUCAGACUUUGAUAGCAUCACACCACGCCGGGCAGUAGUGGCUACGCCCAAUACUGCCUUCUCCACUCCUUUCAGAACCCCUGCCCGUAGUGAUGGUAUGACACCCCGACAUGGCAUGACGCCACACUUGGGCCAGACCCCUGGACAGACCCCAGGACGCACCCCUGUAAGAGACAAACUCAAUAUUAAUGCAGAGGAGGCUUAUGGUGACAUGGAUGACAUGAUGCUGGCCAAGCAGCACCAGAAACAGCUGAAGGGAGAGUUGAGGCGGGGCUUGGCUAGCCUCCCAGCUCCCAAGAACGACUUUGAGAUUGUCAUCCCAGAAGACUCGGAAGAUCACAGGACUGAGGACAAUGAAGCAGAUGUCAACUUUGUAGAAGAUGCUGCUGAUGUGGAGUUGAAGCGAGCUGCUCGAUUGGAAGAAGAAAGACGGCAGGCCCUGAGGCAGCGAUCUCUCGUCAUCCAGCGAGGUCUCCCUCGACCCUCUGACAUCAACACCUCCAUCUUGAGACCCAAGGACCUUGAUGCACCCAUGACUGAGAUGCAGAAGGCGGAAGAGUUGAUCAAAGAAGAGAUGAUCACCAUGCUGCACUAUGACAUGUUGAAGACACCUUCGCUUGAUGCCAUCGGCAUCAGACGUGUGGAGAAGAUCAUAGCCAAGCCCAACCUAGCUUCUCACUCAACUUACUUGGAUAAGAUUCCCUAUCAACAGGUGGAUGAACAGGCCAUGGCUGAGGCCCACAAACUGUUGGAAAAGGAGAUGGAGGUGGUCCAUUCUGGAAUGGGCCACGGAGAUCUCUCCCUCGACGCUUACAGUCAGGUAUGGGACGAGUGUCAGAGCCAGGUGCUGUACCUUCCUGCCCAGAACCGCUACACGCGUGCCAACCUGGCUAGUAAGAAGGACCGGAUUGAAUCGGCAGAGAAGAAACUUGAGGCCUAUCGCAACUUCAUGACCAAGGAAGCCAAGAGGGCAGCCAAACUGGAGAAGAAACUGAAGAUCCUGUGUGGAGGGUACCAAUCACGGGCUCUGGGCUUGAUCAAACAGCUGGGGGAUAUGUACGAACAGGUGGAACAGACUAGUAUCGAGCUGGAGACAUUCGAGGCACUCAAGAGGAACGAGGAUGCUGCUAUCCCCAAGAGACUAGAGUCACUGCGUGAAGACUUAAAGAGACAGACAGACAGGGAGAAAGAACUACAGAAACGUUUUGCCGAUUUGACCUUUGAGAGAGAUGUCGUCCUCAGUCAGAAUCAUUGAGACAGUCCCAUUUGAAGAACAGCCCAACCUGUGUAUACAUGUACAGGCAGCUCAUCUUUAUUCAACCUGUUGUUCCCUCCACCGCCCCCAGGAAUUUUUGAAUUCUCUCGGCUUCCUUUUCUAGAAUAACUUCUUGAGGCCUCUCUUCACAUGGAGGGAGUCCUCCUAGCUUGUAUGAUGUUGGUCCGCCCUUGACAAAUCACUAUGACUGGUAACAAGCGUUGACCAUUUAUCCUUGUAUUUGUUUGAAAAUGUUUAAAAACAGGAGCCAGUGGGUGCAUGUAUGAGGUUGUGCGUUCAGGUUUGCGUCCAGGUUUCAAAUGAAACAAGUGUGUGGUUGUAUGAUGCUUGUAAAUUUAUGAGGUCCUAAUGAUGCUAAACAGAUGUGCACAUGUAUUACCAAUGAAACUGCUGUGGUUGGGGGCAUUUAAUGAAAUGAAAAUGUUUAACUUUUUGGGGGGUAUCUUUUUCCUUGUUACUGUUUUAUUUCCUACUAUUACAUUUUUACAGGGAAAAAACACGACUCGUCCAGUCAUUCUGUAGAUAUAUUUGACAGUCACGGCAUAUGCAAACAUUGUGUAGAAACCAACACCAUGAAUUUUAGUUGCCCUUUUAAUUGCUUCAGUAUGGACAUUUUAUGUUUUAAAAGAUAGAUGUAUUCCAACCCAUGGACUUGUGACAGGCAGGAUAUUUUAUCCUUAACCCUAACCCUCCUCAAUCCUUCACCUGUUGGAGGACUGAGGAGUGUUAGGGUUAAGGAAAAAAAAUGAGAAAAAUCUCCCCAAUACAUAUAUUAUUAUUAAAAUAGUGCAGGACAGAAUGGUAGAAAUGAAGGAUAUAAUAAGAUUAGAAAAAAAUCUAAAAUCCUUUUAUAAUAGGAACUUUAUCAUGCCUGAUGUAACUACAUGCAAAAGCACCCUUGUAUAUAUACACAUCUCACAAUAAAUGUCCCACAAGAAUAACCCCAAGGAGUCAAAACAAA